AAAAGCCUGUUCCGUACAUGUUUUGUCUUCCUCAACGUAAUACAACUUCGUUUUACUGAUUGCCUUGCAUCAAUCCUAAAUAUCUCUGUCUAGCCCUAGAAUUUAGCUGCAAUCUCCCCAAAGCUGGGCACUGAAUCUCUUCAUCACCUCAUCAAAUUCCCAAAUAUUCUUAAAUUGAGUUGGAAAUUCAGCUGUUAAGUGUAGAUUUCACCUGUCUCAUCGAUGGCCGCGAGUGCUAAUAAUCCUUCAGGCACUCAGAGAGAUGGCAACACCAACAAUAAUAAUAACGGCACUGUUCCGGAAAAUACCAGCGGCAGCGGCGUGUCAGCCCAAACCUCACUCCGCCAUAACCCGGGCAUAUCGCUUGAUUGGACGCCAGAGGAACAAUCGACGCUAGAAGAUUUACUUACCAAAUAUGCCUCUGAACCCAACAUUAUUCGGUAUACCAAGAUUGCUCAGGCAUUAAAAGACAAGACAGUCCGUGAUAUUGCAUUGCGUUGCAGAUGGAUGAAUAAAAAGGAAAACGGCAAGAGAAGAAAAGAUGAUAACAAUUCGAGGAGAAGUAAAGACAAAAAGGAAAAAGCAAUAGAUUCAUUGCCAAAAUCUUCUCAAGUAGCAAACCACACAAAUGACCUGCCAUAUGUUCAGCCGAUAUUGACGGAAAGUGAUGAUGGAAUUUCAUAUACUGCUAUUGGUGGAGUCACUGGACAGCUUCUUGAGCAAAGUGCUAAAGUCUUGGAUCAAAUUUCUGCCAAUUUUUCUGCUUUUAAGGUCCAUGAGAACAUCAACCUCUUCUGUCAAGCUCGGACAAAUAUCCUUUCAAUCUUAAAUGACUUCAAUGACUUGCCAGAAAUAAUGAAGCAAAUGCCACCACUUCCUGUCAAGCUGAACGUAGAUCUGGCCAACUCCAUUCUUCCUCAAGCACCCAUGGUCAAUAACUCUUGAGAUGCAUCCGUUUCUGACUCUCUGAAGUUAUGGUGCCAUGUGAGAAAAAAAAAUUCUGUCAGUCAACUCUGUUCUAGAUGGAAGUCCCCAGAUUUUCAUUCUUUAGAGCCUAGUGAUUGUCGCUGUGACUUGUCAUUUGUAGUUGAAUUCCCUUGAUUUUCUUCCGUCUAUCUGAAGUUACACGCACUGUGAAUAUUUCUAGUAAAAGAAAUAGUUAUGGAAGUCCCAGGUGUUCGUUCAAUCUCCAGAGCGCAGUUGCAACUUGUCAUUUGUGGAUUUUCCUUUCGGAUUCCUCUCUGUUUAGAGAUAUAGUUGUUAUAGUGUACUAUAAUAGAACUCUUUUUUAGGUUUGUAAAUAACCGUGGGAUAAGUUAAUGAAAUAUGUUCUCUUCAUUUUAA